AAAACAAAUAGAUAUAAUAAAUAAUUAAUGAGUCAUGAAAGUUAAGAAAAAAAUAAAUUAGUUCAUGAUAAAAAGAACAAGCAACCGAAAAAUAGUUCCUCUUUCUCUUCAUAAUUAUUAUUAUUCAUUGAAUUAUUCUCCACAUUGAAUCUAACCAAACCAAACAAAUUUAGGCCUUUUUUCCUCAGAUCUAUUGCUAACAUAAUUCAAUUCUUCAGAUCGCGUUAUCAGGACGAUUUGAACCAGUGCAUUUCAAUCCAAGUAAUCGCAGUUUAUCGAUUCAAAACGAAUUCGUUUUGUUCACGUUUAAGCACGUAAAUGUGCGGCUUUGAUUUCGACUUUUCGCCUCCCUCGUGUGAUAACAGAUCGUGAAAUUGGCGCCUCAACGCCGAUCCCAGCGCCACAUGGGUGGCCAGAUGCAGCAGAGCAACGGGGCGGCUAUUGCUCUGUGUGAUCAGCAGGGCAACGCCAGCCCCGCUGGUGACGCCGGAGACGCUGUCAUGGCGCGAUGGCUUCAGUCUGCCGGCUUGCAGCAUCUGGCCUCUCCAAUGGCUUCUACUGGUGUGGAUCAGCGCCUCCUACUUAUGCAGGGAUAUGGGGCUCAGUCCAUGGAAGAGAAACAGAGGCUUUUCAAAUUAAUGAGAAACCUCAACUUUAAUGGUGAAUCUGCAUCCGAACCAUAUACUCCUACUGCUGAAAGUUCCGGAGGGAUUGGACAAUCAGAUGUUUUUUACUCUCCGGAAUUCAGAGGAGACUUUGGUGCUGGACUUCUGGAUCUGCAUUCUAUGGAUGAUACAGAGCUUUUAUGUGAGCAUGUAAUUUCAGAACCAUUUGAGCCGUCACCUUUCAUGCCUGCACCAAAUGGAGCAUUUGAUAGUGACUUUGAUGCCCCGACCCAUCGGCAGCAAAAAGCACAACCAGACACUGAUGCUGCGGCUGGAUUACCCAUAGUUGAAAAGGAAAGCAACACCAGGGAAAACAAUGUGGCAAAAAUUAAAGUAGUGGUGCGCAAAAGACCGUUGAACAAGAAAGAAAUUUCUCGGAAGGAGGAUGACAUAGUCACUGUAUCUGACAAUGCUUCUCUUUCUGUCCAUGAACCCAAACUAAAGGUGGAUUUGACUGCUUAUGUGGAGAACCAUGAGUUCUGUUUUGAUGCUGUUCUAGAUGAGUACAUAACAAAUGAUGAGGUUUAUCGUGCCACUGUGGAACCAAUUAUUCCUACCAUAUUUCAGCGCACAAAAGCAACAUGUUUUGCUUAUGGCCAGACAGGUAGUGGUAAGACUUACACAAUGCAACCAUUGCCUCUCAGAGCUGCAGAGGAUCUUGUUAGAUUGUUGCAUCAGCCAAUUUAUCGUAAUCAGAGGUUCAAGUUGUGGCUCAGCUUUUUUGAAAUAUAUGGUGGGAAGCUGUUCGAUCUUCUCAGUGAUAGAAAGAAACUCUGUAUGAGAGAAGAUGGGCGUCAGCAGGUUUGCAUCGUUGGGCUCCAGGAAUUUGAAGUUUCAGAUGUGCAGGUUGUUAAAGAGUAUAUUGAGAGGGGAAAUGCAUCAAGAAGUACAGGUUCCACUGGUGCAAAUGAGGAAUCAUCAAGAUCACACGCGAUAUUACAACUUGUCAUCAAGAAACACAAUGAAGUGGUAAAGGACUCCAGACGGAAUAAUGACGGAAAUGAAUCCAAGGGCGGGAAGGUCAUCGGGAAGAUUUCUUUUAUUGACCUUGCAGGUAGCGAGAGAGGUGCGGACACUACUGAUAAUGACAGACAAACAAGGAUUGAGGGAGCAGAAAUUAACAAGAGCUUGUUGGCUCUUAAAGAGUGUAUUCGUGCUCUUGACAAUGAUCAGCUUCAUAUCCCAUUCCGUGGGAGCAAACUCACUGAAGUGCUUCGUGACUCCUUUGUUGGCAACUCAAAGACUGUUAUGAUUUCCUGCAUUUCUCCUAAUGCUGGAUCAUGUGAACAUACACUCAACACCUUAAGAUAUGCAGACAGGGUAAAAAGUCUAUCCAAAGGUGGAAACACCAGCAAAAAUCAGAGCGCAAGCGUAAUACCUCCAACAAUCAAGGAACCUUCUCUAGCGACUACUUUGGCUGCUUCUGUUGAGGCGGAAGAUGCUUAUGAGCAACCUCAAGAAUCUAAAGUAUCAGAAGCGAGUAGAAAAGCAAUGGAGAAAGAAACCACAUCAUACAAUUCCACUAAUAUUUUUGAUAAACAGCCCUCUAGAUUUUCUUCAAGUCAUACUUUCAAUGGUCAGGACGAAGGAGGGCCAAAUUUUGGCGGUAUGGAUAGGGACAGGUUUGAGACGAAGAAUAGCUAUGGUGUUCCAGCUGGUCAAAGAAUGCAGUCGACAUCAAAUUUGCAGAGUUCAACUGAUACAGAAGACAAGGUGCAGAAAGUGUCUCCACCUCGGAGGAAAGUUUAUCGUGAUGAGAAACCUGAAAAGCCAGGAAAAUGGUCAAGAAAAGAUGUCUCAAGCUCUGAUUCAUCCUCUAUGAGUUAUAAACAGCAAAAUGCAAGUAUUCCUAAUAUAAGAAGUUCUGGAUCGGGACAAAAUGAACUUUCUUCACCCCCUGACGACGAGAAUAUCAAUGAAUUACUGCAGGAAGAAGAGGCCCUAAUGGCUGCACACAGGAAAGAAAUUGAAGAUACGAUGGAGAUUGUUCGAGAAGAAAUGAAAUUGCUGGCCGAAGUUGAUCAACCUGGAAGUCUCAUUGACAAUUAUGUAACACAAUUGAGCUAUGUGCUGUCGCGCAAAGCAGCAAGCCUGGUCAGCCUCCAGUCUCGCCUUUCCAGAUUCCAGCAUCGACUAAAAGAGCAGGAAAUACUGAGUAGAAGGAGGGGACCACGCUAGACAACAUUUGACGUACAAUUAAAAUGGCCACCCUCUGUCUCUGUCUCUGUCUCCGUUGUAUAAACUCGGUCCUUUGUAAUACUCAAAAUGUAGUUCAAUUUCUCUCUUGCCAAUACACAAACCGUUGGAUGAAAUUACGAUGUGCAGAUGAAAACAAUUGUAUGAAAGGUACAGACGUAUAUUCAUGCUGAUCAGAUUUGUAUAUUCUGAGUAAGGAAAUAGAUCAUUUCAGAACUUUUUAAAUUGGUUGUGAUCAGAUUUGGACUUGUCGAAAACGUGGACAGAGAUCCACAUCUAUUACUGUGUGUUGUCGAAUUUCAUGUCGUGUAAUGUUUCCAAAGUAUAGGUUUCUGGGAAGUUAGAUGUUUAAUUGUAACUGAAAAUAUUUACUAUAUGUUUUCUUGUAAGAAUAUCAUUGAUUCGAUGAUUUCACUCCA